AUGAACCGCUUGAUAAUUCACGGGCUGCUACUGUUAACAUUGGCAGCUGCAUCGAAAGCAGCAGCAUCACCACCGACAAUACCUCCUGUCUAUGCCAAACCUGGAUGCCCACAUAGUUGUGGGAACCUCAGCAUCCCAUAUCCAUUUGGCACUCGCGAAGGAUGCUUCCUAGAUGAUACUUUCUUCAUAAACUGUACUGUUACCAAGAAUAAUGAUUUUGUGCCAUAUUUGCGACAUGGAAAUGUAAAGGUCCUGAACAUAUCACUUGAUGGUAAGCUUCGAAUCUUCUCCUUGUUGGCCCGCGAUUGCUAUAGCAAAAGCGGGGAAAGAAUAUUUUCUAAUCAACCGUGGAACAGAUUAUUCACAUUCACCCUCUCAUUUUCCCGAAACAAGUUUAUUGCCGUAGGUUGUGACACUUAUGCAUGGGUUGAAGAUCCUGUGGAAUAUAGCUAUGCUACUGGAUGUUUGUCACUCUGUCAGACAAAUGAUUUAAUGGUUAACGGGUCUUGCUCUGGUAGAGGCUGCUGCGAAAGCUCCAUUCCUAAAGGCAUAAGGGAUUACAGUGUUACUGUGAGGAGCUAUAACAACCACACACGAGUAAUGAACUUCAACCCUUGCAGCUACGCUUUUGUCGUUGAAGAUGGUGUGUAUAAUUUUUCUACAUUAGAUCUUGUUAAUUUACAAAACAACAGAAAGGGGUUCCCUGUGGUAAUUGAUUGGGUAAUCAGUAAUAAGGCAUGUAAAGAAGCUCGACAGAACAUAACAGCUUAUGCAUGUAAGGAGAAUAGUGUAUGUCGUGACUCUGAAAAUCUACAUGGGUAUUAUUGUGACUGCCUCAGUGGUUUCGAGGGAAAUCCUUACCUCCCAAAUAGCUGCAAAGAUAUUGAUGAGUGUGAGGACCCUAGCCUCAACCAAUGCAUAUAUGCCAAACAUUGUCGAAAUGAAGUUGGAAGCUAUGAAUGUUUCUGUCCCAAGGGUUACCAUGGCGAUGGAACUAAAAACGGAACAGGUUGUACCGCUCGAGACAAGACAAAAGUUAUCAUCGGUAAGUCCAUAACUAAAAUCUUACCAGGGCAAAGGUGCCUGAAAUUUCUAUUUGUUAAGAGUAAUAAUUUUAAUUUUCUAGGAGCAUGUAUUGCCGUUUCCCUUGCAUUUGCGAUCUUGGCAUUUGUAUCAUGGGGGCUUCAAAGAAGGAAAAUCAACAAGCUUAAAGAGAAAAACUUCAGGAACAAUGGUGGGCUAGUGUUGCAACAAUUACUCUCCAAGAUUGAAAUAUCUGCAGAGAAAGCUAAAAUUUUCACAGAAGAUGAGCUCAAAAAGGCAACGUACAAUUUUAACGAAAGUGAAAUUGUGGGCCGAGGAGGUUUUGGGAUAGUUUACAAAGGAACUCUAGAUCACAAAUCAGUAGCAAUCAAGAAGUCUAAAGUUAUGGACCAUGAUCAGAUUGAACAAUUUGUUAACGAGGUGGUCGUUCUCUGCCAAAUCAAGCAUCCAAACGUGGUAAAACUCAUAGGUUGUUGCUUGGAAACAUCAGUUCCCUUGUUAGUCUACGAGUUUAUCAACAACAAGACCCUCCAUUAUCACAUACACAAUGAAGUUGUUGAGUCCCCCAUGCCAUGGAAAACUCGUCUGAGGAUUGCAGUGGAAACUGCAGAUGCACUUGCUCAUAUGCAUUCUGACGCUCCUAUACAUAUCAUUCACAGAGAUGUUAAAUCAGAGAACAUACUCUUGGAUGAUAAUUUCCAAGCAAAAGUAUCAGAUUUUGGAGUUUCGAGAUUGGUUCCUUUGGAUCAAACUCAGCUACCUACAUUGGUUCAAGGAACAUUUGGAUACAUAGAUCCUGAAUACUUUCAUUCAGGAUUGUUGAAUGAAAAGAGUGAUGUGUAUAGUUUCGGGGUUGUCCUUUUAGAGCUCUUGAUAGGACAGAAGGUGAUUUCUUCUGAUAGGCCUGAAAAGGACAAAAAUCUGGCUGCUUUCUUCAUUGAUAGAAUGAAAGAAGAUCGCUUAUUUGAGAUUCUCCAUGAACGAGUGAGAAAUGAAGGAAACUCGGAGCAGCUUAAAGGGGUUGCUGAGCUCGCAAGACGCUGCUUAAGAAUGAAGGGAGUGAAAAGACCUACAAUGAAGGAAGUGAAAAUGGAGCUUGAGGAACUAAUGAUGGGCAACUGCGUUCAUGUUGAAUUUGCCACUAACGAUAUUGAAGAGACUGAGCCCCUACUUGAUCUGCUAACCAACUCCAAUGGCACUAGUGUAUCAAUGGGGCCUGAUAGUGUUAAGUUUCAAGCAGCCCUGCAGUUAGAGAGUGGACGUUAAGCCGUUGGUAAUAAAUUUACAGCCAGGAUUUCUACAUCGAAUUCUAUCUGUUAUAAAUCGAUUUACAGGAAUAGAUUUUUUAGAUAGUUUUGUUGUCUUUGUUCAUUUAUGCUGUAAUGUGAUGAACAAUCUUGAAUUUCUAUUAAUAUAAAUUUAUAGAAAUAUGGAAUG